AUGACUCUUGUUCUCAACCACCGCAUCAACCUCCCUGAGAUCGAUACCAGCCAGGCGCCCUACAUCAAUUUCACGAAAGCUACUGCCUUGGCCGAUGCUCAUCCCACCAUCGAUCUGGACCUGCUUCGUCAGCUUGCCGAUGGAGUUCGAGGUGACCAAGUUGGAUCCGAGGAUGCGACCCGCGCUCUGUGUCAGAUUUUCGAGGACACUUUCACUUUUGAAGUGCUGCAUGGUCAGCUCAACGCCGAUUUGAAAGCGAAAGUCUCGGCAUUUCUCAGUGGCACUCCAGCAGAGACCGUUGUAGCUCAGGGUUUCGAUAUUACCUGCGCGCCUCUGAACUUGCACAGAAAUCCUUUCGGUGGCCGUGUACCCGAUGCACACAAAAAACAUCACCUCUUUGGCUCCCGUGCCUACGCCAAGGUCGAACAAACAAUAGGUGCCGUGGAGCAUCGUCCGGUCAUCUUCGAGGACUGCGAGCGAACCAGAAUCAUGGAGGUCUAUACCGACGUCCCUUUUCUCAACUGGCAACAGAAUGUACACACCAGACCCAUCCUGACCUUCGUUCCGUCUACUGUACUCGGCUUGCAGAACCUGAUCAAGGCAUAUCCCCAAAAGCGCAUCCGAUGUAGUGGCUAUCGCCAUACCAGGACCAACUUCUUCGCAGAAGACGGAGAUAUUCUCGUCUCCUUCGCCAGCCUGCACCACGUCGCAAGUGUGCUGCCAGAGAUGAUCAACCUGUUCACCGGCCGAAUCAACGAAGCCGAGUUAACGGGAGAGUUGAGGAGCAUCCAGACCUUUCCUCCUCAAGCAGGUCAAGCAGAUACUCAAAGAGUCCGAGUUGGGGCGGCAGUCACUCCGGAAGAGCUUCGAGAAUAG